AUGCAGUUGAAAAGCAACUGCAGGGAAUUCAUUUGCAUAGAUUGUGAAAUCUUUCGCGUGACGGAAUCUGAGGCGGCUAUAAAAGAAGGGACGUUGAGUUCCGUCACUCUCUUUGCCCCAUAUUAUUGCAUCUCUCUCGUGCCAGAGGCCGAGUCUUUCGCCGUUUCUCUCUUUCCUUUGUCGAUUCAAACGCUUCUCUUUGCGGUGCUUUGUGUUUCUGGUAUCAAUAUGGUUGGGAGUGCUGGCGCUUUAAAUGAGGAUUUGAGAAUCAACGGAGAAGUGGAACCGUUGCCUGAGGAUUUUGAUGCAACAGCUUUAGUCAGGGAUCCUGUGCCUUCCACAGUUGCAGACAAUGACAGUGUCAACGAGGAGGGGCUGAUCAAUCAGGGAAAAGAGAAAAGAUUGAUAGUUCUGGGAAGAAAUAUUCAUACCAUGUCUCUAGAAGUCACAGAGCCAGAUGCAGAUGACGAGGUUACUGGGGACAGGGAAGCUCAUAUGGCAAGCGUAUUGGCCAGAUACAAAAGAGCUUUGACUGAAAGGACAAAACAUCAUUUAGGGUACCCUUAUAAUUUGGAUUUCGAUUAUGGUGCCCUCUCACAACUUCAGCACUUUUCCAUAAACAACCUGGGAGAUCCAUUUAUUGAAAGCAAUUAUGGUGUCCACUCCCGACAGUUUGAAGUUGGUGUUUUGGAUUGGUUUGCCCGACUAUGGGAACUGGAGAAAAAUGAGUACUGGGGCUAUAUAACAAACUGUGGUACAGAAGGAAAUCUCCAUGGCAUCCUAGUUGGGAGAGAGGUUUUUCCAAAUGGGAUUUUGUAUGCCUCACGAGAGUCACAUUAUUCUAUUUUCAAAGCUGCUCGAAUGUACAGAAUGGAAUGUGUGAAGGUUGAUACUCUUUGGUCUGGUGAGAUUGAUUGUGAUGAUUUCAAGGCCAAGCUUCUCCGCAAUCAGGACAAGCCAGCGAUUAUAAAUGUCAACAUAGGUACAACUGUGAAGGGAGCUGUGGACGAUCUUGAUCUGGUGCUAAAGAAACUUGAAGAAGCUGGAUUUUCGCAAGACAGAUUCUACAUCCAUUGUGACGGUGCUUUGUUUGGUCUCAUGAUGCCUUUCGUGAAACGAGCUCCUAAAGUUACUUUUAAGAAGCCUAUUGGCAGUGUCAGUGUUUCUGGCCACAAAUUUGUAGGUUGUCCCAUGCCUUGUGGUGUGCAGAUAACAAGAUUGGAGUAUGUCAAUGCUCUUUCCAGGGAUGUGGAAUACCUUGCUUCUAGGGAUGCCACGAUCAUGGGUAGUCGGAAUGGCCAUGCUCCCAUAUUCCUUUGGUAUACCUUGAAUAGAAAAGGAUAUAGAGGUUUCCAGAAAGAAGUACAGAAAUGCUUGCGAAACGCACACUACUUCAAAGAUCGCCUUGUUGAGGCUGGGAUUGGUGCAAUGCUUAAUGAGCUAAGCAGCACGGUUGUGUUUGAGAGGCCGCAUGAUGAGGAAUUUAUACGCAAGUGGCAGUUGGCAUGCAAGGGGAAUAUUGCACAUGUGGUGGUCAUGCCAAACAUCACCAUUGAGAAGCUGGAUGAUUUUCUGAACGAGCUUCUAGAGAAGCGUGCUACCUGGUUUCAAGAUGGGAAGGUUCAACCUUACUGUAUAUCGUCUGAUGUAGGUGAAAAGAAUUGCCUAUGUGCUUUGCACAAGUAG